CCAGCAGCCUGUUUCUGGGCACAUCGACUGGUCGAGACGAGACGAUCAUCGGGCGCUGUGCAGAUUCCUGCGGGGCCGCAAGCUGCGAGCUACCUCUGUGUGUGCAUUGCGAAGCGGGCCAGAGCCAUCCCAACCUGCUCCUUAUUCCGGCAUCCUGUGUGAUACCCCCCUCCCCCCCGGGGGUCUAGGAAGCACCUUGUGCACACUGCUGCUCACUCUUCGCGCGAAAGACCGGAUCACGCUCAACGCCCAAGAUGAACUGGGAUCUAGAAGAUGUCGGCAAUCGCCUUUCCAACCUGACCAUGUACGAUGUCAAGGAGCUUUACCGCUCGGCGCGCAACUACGCCUUCAACAUCUCCGAGCUGGAAGCCAAGGUGGACGAGGCUACGAAUGACGAUCCCUGGGGCGCCUCCACCACGCUGAUGGCGGAGAUCGCCCAAGCGACGCACAACUACGCCGAUUUUGGCGAGAUCAUGCAGGCCAUUUACAGGCGUUUCAUGGAAAAGGAGGCAAACGAGUGGCGACAGAUCUACAAGUCUUUAACCCUCCUAGAGUACCUGGUAAGGAACGGCGCAGAGCGUGUUGUAGACGACGCGCGCUCGCACCUAUCGACGAUCAAGAUCCUACGUAACUUUCACUACAUCGAUGAAAAGGGGAAAGACCAGGGACUCAACGUUCGCAACCGCGCCAAAGAGCUUGCUGAGCUUUUAAUGGACGUCGAGCGCAUCCGCACAGAACGUCGCAAGGCACGGCAGAACAAGAACAAGUACCAAGGCACGGGUAAUACCGACUUUGUCCCUGGUAGCGGAGCAGGCAGGUACGGCGGCUUCAGCAGCGAGCAGUACUACAGUGGCGGCGUCGAUCGCUACCCCGGUGCUAGCGGAAAUGGGAGUGGAGGUGGAGGCGGCUCGGCGGCUAGGCAGAGCUUCGAAGAGUAUGAUGCAGGUGGUUGCGAAAUCAGAAGUGGCGGCGGUGGUGGUAGUAGGAGACGUGCUGGCGAAAGCUCUUCGGCGAAUACCGAGGCUGCACCGAAGCCCCAAACUGUCGUGCAGGAUCUAUUCAGCUUCGACGACGAUCCACCUGCAACAGCAACAGCAUCCUCCAGUGCGGCUGCAGCCGUCGAUGACUUCGAUGACUUUCAAGCGGCGCCGCCUUCAAGUGCGACGCCUGCUGCCGCAGGCAUCGGAAAGAAGGUCACCGCUGCUGCGCCAAAUGGAGGCGACAUCUUCGACUUCCUCGGCGGAAAUAAUGGCGCAGCUCCUGCGCCUGCACAGUCUCGCCCGGCAACAGGCGGUCGGCCAGCAGGCCUGGCCGCUCAGCAGCAGCCGCUAGCGCCUACGCGCAACAACACGACCUCCUCCUUCUCCAGCAGCGCUGCUGCUGGCGCCUCGAAACCUGCACAGACAGCAGCCGCGUCCCACGCUUCUUCAUCGACUACUGCGUCGAUCAACUUUGACGACCUCUGGGCAUCCUCUGCAGGUAAAUCCACCGCCGGCGGGGCGGGAAACAACAAGCCCGCCAAAAUGUCCAUGGCGGAAAUGGCCAGGAACCAGUCCGCGAACAACGUCUGGGGGCCCGCAGCCACUGCCAAGCCGCCCAUGGGCGCGCACACGCCUGCCGCUGGCGCCGGCGCCGGGCAGAAAAAGGACAUUUUCGAUUUGCUGUAGUUCAUUUUCCCCCGCCCUUGCAACCUGGAACAGUCUUUUACAGCUUUGUGCCUUUCUUAUAGAUUCUCCUUCAGCGGACAUGGCAUAUUGUGGUACAUUGCACGCAGCCACAGUGACUACUGACUUAGGCCAGAUCCUCUGCUUUUGCGAUUCACUUUAGCACCAUUGCGGAAGUCUUUGGCCUCGGGCUGUGCAAUGUCCGCUCACCACUGCGAGCAUAGCCGGGAGGCUUCGUAAGCGCAUCUCAGCCGACAAGGGCUCUCCAUUUCGCAGCUAGUAGAGUGAUUCGCGAGCAGUUUGCAACCACCUGUAAUUGCAUGGGACAAAUUUACCCGUCAAUCGUUACAACAAUUUUACCGACGUUCU